AUGGCGUCCGCUAACGUGUCCUCGUCCUCGUCCUUGACCCUGGCGGCGUACUGGGACCUGGGUUCCCUGAGGUCGCUGUGGUUCCUGUUGCUUCUGCUGUUGUACGUGGCGGUUUUGGGCUGUAACCUCGUGGUCAUCGCGGCCAUCUUUGUGGACCGGAGUCUUCAUCAGCCCAUGUACGUGCUCAUCUGCAACCUCCUCACGAACCAGCUCUGUGGAAGUGUCGCCAUCUACCCUUUCCUCUUGUUUCAGCUGCUUCAGAGCACCCACGCCGUUUCGCACGCCGCAUGCUUGGUCCAGGUGUUCUUCCUCUUCUUCUAUGGAAACGUGCAGAUCAUGACUCUCGCCGCGAUGUCGUACGACCGCUACGUGGCGAUCUGCUGCCCCCUGCAGUACCACAGGCGCAUGUCAUCUCAGAGGACACUCAGGCUCCUCCUACUCGUGUGGCUCCUCCCCCUGCUCGAGGUCAGCUUCAUGGUGUCCCUGAGCGCCCCCUUGAGGCUGUGUGGGAAUCACAUCUCUAAAGUGUACUGUGAUAAUUACUCUGUGGUGAAGUUGGCGUGCGGCGACACCACGUUGAAUAACGUGUACGGUCUGAUCUACACCUGUGUGGCCCUUCUGUCUGUGCCGGCCCUGAUCCUCUACACCUACGUACGCAUCAUCAGAGUGUGCCUGAGCAGCGGCGCCAGCACGCGGCGUAAAGCCCUCAGCACCUGCGCGCCGCACCUGGCGUCUCUGCUAAACGUGACGCUGGCGUGUUUCUGUGAGGUGGUCAUGACGCGCUUCAACGUGACCGCCGUGCCCAACGCCGUCCGAGUGGUUAUGUCUCUGUACUUCAUCACGUGUCCGCCGCUGUUCGACCCCCUCGUCUACGGCCUCGCUCUGAACAAAGUGCGACGCAGCUGCAGGGCUCUGCUGCUGCCCUGGAAACACUGA